CGGGAUGGCCGGGAAGAAACGGCACGUAUCCCGCGACAAGCGUCCGACGCUGCGGCAGGCAGUCGGCUUAUAUAGUCGGCGGGUCAGCAGGAGGAGGCAGGACAUCCCGGUCGCUUCAACCAACACCAUGGUCAAGGUUCUGUUCUGUACGCUGGCUCUGUGCGCCGUGGCUGCGGCCCGGCCCCAGGGGCCCUUCGGCAACCUGGUGAAUCGCCCGCCCUCCUCGGUGGCCGGGACGGGCCUCGCGCAGGCCCAAGCCGGCAUGCAGACCACAGACUCGCUGGCACAGAUCGACCUGGUGCGCCUUGAGGCCAUUCUGCAGGCCAUCCUCGACGUGAACAAGCGCGCCCUGGAUACAACCGACGACGUCGCCAAGGAAUCCCUCUGGUCCAUCGCACAAGAGGACGGCGGCGAAGGGGCGCGCGAGGGCAACCGCGGCUACAACGGCUACAACGGCAACCGCGGCUACAACGGCAACCGCGGAAACAACAACGGCAACCGCGGAAACAACAACGGCAACCGGGGUUCGUCUUCCAUCCCCACACAAGUCCUUCCCGUUGUGAUCAGCCCGAACAGCGGAUCCGAGAACAGCGGUAACAACAAGGCCGACAACGUGGCUGUCGCGGUGGCCGGCUCCAACCAGGGCUCUGGCAACGACCAGUAGACCGACCUGGUCAACUCUUCGGGCAGCCGGAAUGCCAAUAAAGAUAAAAUGCAACCUA